AUCGACAGGGACCAGCAGCGAGUUCCCAAGACCAUCACCCAACUGUACUCCUACUAUAUUUGCAAUAUCCUGAAAAACCACGGCCGUGAGAUUGAGAACCCCCGUGAAGUUUUACUCAGGGUUGGUCAGAUGGCCUACAGAGGAGUGUCCGAGAGGAAGAUUGUGUUUACAGGUGGAGAUUUGAUCAACUACAAUCUGCAGCCUUCCCAGUUCCUGUCCGGGUUCCUGAUGGAGCUUUUGGAGAGAGAGGAUUCUGCCCGGAGCGUGGUGUACACAUUCCCACACCUCAACAUCCAAGAGUUUGUAGCUGCAGUCGCACAAUUCCUGAUGCCAGAUGGCAGAGAUAUUAUGAAACUCCUCACUGAAGCCCACUGCGUGAAGGAUGGACGGUUUGAGGUAUUUCUCCGUUUUGUUGCUGGUCUCUCCUCCCCAAUGACAACUCGGGGCCUGGAGGAGUUUCUUGGUCCAUUUCCUCAUCAAACAACCUGCCAGGUGAUUGACUGGGUGAAGGAGGAGGUUAAACGCCGGAGUGGAAACACAGAGAGUGAAGCUGGUAAAAGGAGCCUCCUGAACACAUUGCACUACCUGUUUGAGUCUCAGAAUAGUGGCCUGGCUCAGGCCGCACUGGGAUCUGCGGAAACACUUUCAUUCAGUGGAAUGACACUGACCCCGAUUGACUGCGCGGUCCUGUCUCAUGUCAUCGGACUCUGUGAUACAAUAAAACACCUCGACCUGGAGAACUGCCACAUUCAGUGUGAAGGAAUCCAACGGCUGGGACCCGGGCUGCACAAGUGCCAGGAGUUGAGACUUGGGCAGAAUGAACUGGGAGAUACAGGAGUGAAACUGGUGUCUGCGGCUCUGAGGAACCCGGAGUGUAAAAUACAGACACUGUGGCUGAACCGUGUCGGUCUCACAGAUUCUGGUGCCGAGGAUCUCGUCUCCGCUCUCAGUACAAACCCAUCACUGACAGAGCUGUACCUGAGUAAUAAUAAACUGGGAGAUUCAGGAGUGAAACUGGUGUCUGAGGCUCUGAGGAUCCCAGAGUGUAAAAUACAGAAACUGGGGCUGAACAAUGUCGGUCUCACAGAUUCUGGGGCCGAGGAUCUCGCCUCCGCUCUCAGUACAAACCCAUCACUGACUUGGCUGGGCCUGGGUGAAAACUCGCUGAUAGACCUAUCUGUCCCCGGUCUCCGCCGCCUCAUACUGACCCUCCCGAGUCUGGAGUGGAUCUGGCUGUGGGGGAAUCGGUUCAGUGAGACCGGGAGGAAGGAACUGGAGUCUCUGGAGGAAAUCAGACCCGGACUGAGAGUGAUCCUGUGAACAUCUGAAUGUGUGAACAUUCCCGCCCGAGGGGAAUCGGAUCAGUGAGACCGGGAGGAAGGAAUUGAGAUCUCUGGAGGAACCCAGACCCGGACUGAGUGUGAACAUCCCCGCCCGCGGUAUGGGGACAUUUGGCCGACUCCCCGCCCUCCCCCUUAACUCCCGCCCUUACCUUUAACGGCCGCGGGCCGGGGCUGAUUCCCAACGGUUUUAACGGAACCAGCUCGGGCCUCGCGUUGUGUGCGUCGCUCGGAACGGUCCCGCAGUGACUUGUUUCCGACUGUUGUCCGGCGUGGCAGCUUCCGCCGGAAGUGCGUGUUCGAGACACUCCCACGUGACACCCCGGGGAAUUACCCGGACAGGAAGAGCCCGGGGUCCGGGGCUCAGUCUGGGACACCGGUGUCCCGGGGUGGGUGCGAUAAUCCCGGGAGAGAAUCCUUUUGCCCCCUUUGCUGAGGACGGUGCAUUCGGCAGCCUGGCCGAGAUAAUGAUGUUAAAUUGACAAAUCCCUCGGCAGUGACCCUGGAUCUGCAGCGAUCUCGGACACGGCCCUGAAGUGUGAAUUUAUAAUCAUCGGUUCCCCGAUGCAGAGUGACGGUGAGAAACGGGACUGAUUAUUCAAACUGUUACCGUUGUCGCCGGACAGUUAAUUGUGUCUAACUGUGAGUGAGUCGGGAGCAGCUUAUUUAUUCCCGCACGUCAGCAGCUCACACAUUGUUUAAUUUACAUUUGUCACAGAAAUCAAUAAACCUCUGUAACUUCCUGUCCUGGUGCCAGACUCGAGCUUUAUUUGAGCUUUUCUGCUGCCCUCACACCCUGUGCACUGCAACAGAGGGUCGGAGCUCCUCACACUGACACAGUAGCGUCUCAGCUCCAGGCUGAGGGAGGUCGGACUGGCGGAGUCUGGGUGUCCAGGAUCUCAUCUCCAACCAACCCCCUUCCUGGCUGGCUAACUAACUAACUGACCUCCUCCUGUCCCCUGCAACCAGUUAUAAUGGACAAUUGUAUCAGACUUGCGUCCACUGAUGUCCCAGCUCCCUCCGCACCGUCCCAUCACACACUCCCAGGGUCAGACACAGAGUGAAGCUCCCUCCACACCGUCCCAUCACACACUCCCGGGGUCAGACACUUUGUGAAUCUCCCUCCGCACCGUCCC